AUGUCAACUUCUCCUUUGAUUAGAGUCUAGACUUCUGCUUUUAUUAAUGGCUCUGCUUUAAGAAUUAAGUAUAAAUCAUCUUAAACAUUAAACUAAAAUGAUCAAAUUAGUCCUCUCAAAUCAACUGAACAAUCGCCAUCUAAGAUAAUUAACAUUUAUGCAGAUAGUGCCAUUUAUAAUAUUGGUACCACAUCAUCUAACAAUAAAAAUUAAUAAAUCUCUUUAAAAGAUUAGAUUCUUAAAACUUGUGUCUAUAGUUAAAUGGACCCUGAGUAAGUUGAACAAGUAAAUUGGUAAACAUAAAAAAGAACCAAAGAUCAAAUAGAAAGAACGAAAAAUGAUACCAAACAAAAAGAAUUCUAUGAAGCCAAAAAGUCUCCUAUUAAGAGUGCAUUAAAAAAACAAUUCAUUGAUUCUUCUUUGACUUAAUCAUAAUAAAUUGAUAUUUCAAAAAGUUCAUAAAAUUUUAGAAGAAAAUCCAUUGAUGAGCAAUCUGAAUCAACUAAUUAGCCUAUUAUUAAAAAAAAAUAAGUGAAUUAAUUGAAUCAAUCAUUUCAUUUUUAAUUUUAAAAUAAGAAAUAACAACUACUUAGUGAUAUUGCUAAAUUAGACAAAUAAAUAGUUUUAGAACAGGAACGUAUACCUGUUUAGAUUGGUUCACCAAGAAAUUAAAAAUAAUAAAAAAAUGUUGUAAAUAAGGCAUCUUAUGAUAAACGAUAGUCUGUAAAAUAAAUUGAGGAGUCUUAAAAAAAUAUCACUUAAAAGAAAUCUAAAUAAAUAAUUAUAAGUAGUAGCAGAAAUCUAAAUACCUCAUAAAAUUCUAAAAUUUCACCUCAAGGUUCUCCUAAAUAAGUUAGACAAAAGCGCUCUAAGAGAUCAUAGUCUUAAGAAAUUUAGGAGAGUGUUGAUCCUUUAAAGAUUUCAAGAGAAGAUUUAAAUUGUAUCAAAUGCAUAAUUAUAUAAUAAUAGAGAGAUUGCAAAGAAUGAAUGAGAAAUAUAAUUAGAUAUUGGAGUAAUCGAAUAAAUUUAGAACCCAUUUUUAACAAAUCUGA